GGACACGGGGUGCUUGCCCUGAGAUGAUCCAAGUUUCACAGGGACACACGGACCUGCCCUGGGAUGUCCAUGGGGACAUGGGAACCUGCUGGGGGCUGUCCCAAAUUUCACAGGGGCAUGGGGAUCUUCCCCAGGAUGUCCCCAGUGUUACAGGGACAUGGUGACCUGCCCUGGGACAUGGGGUGGCUGCUUACCAUGGGGACAGCAGCCCCAUGAAGGUCGGCACUGCUACCCUGGCCAGUGGGAUCGCGCUCCCAAUGCACCCAAGGGUGCUCCCAGGGCCAUCUUUGGGAGCGGGGCAGAGCAAAGGAAAAAAGGCAGCAUCAGGGAGAGGAAAGUAGGUCCCAGGUCCCCUCCUUGUCCCCUCCCUGGGGACAGCUGCCUGCUUUCCAGCUGCCACAGCCAGUGGAACCAGCAUGUCGAUGCUCCUCAAUUAUUCAGCACCAUCCUGGCACGGUGCCGCUGGCUCUCACCAUCCUCUACACCAGGCAGGGGGUGACAGUGCUGUCCCCAGUGCCCAUGGCAUCAUCGGGCAGGCAUGUGCACUGAGGGACACAUGGACGGGGACACACGGACACAGGUUGAACCCCCCCACGUAGAGUCUGUGGGCCUGCCCUGCUUGGGGUGCUCUGUGCCUCGGUUUCCCCACGCUGCCCUGGAUACUUCUGUGAGUGGGGAGGGGUGAGAGGUUCCUGCUGCCCCCGGGGGCUCUUCCAGGGACCCGUUGCAUUUUGGGGUUCCCUCCUUGAGGGGAGUUUGCCAAGCCCCCGAGGUGCAGCCAGGGCGUCCUGCCCCUCCCUUGGCUCCAGUGCUGCGGGGGGAGGAAAGUCUGUGCCCCCCAGGGCAGGGGGGUCCCAUGUCCCUCUCAGGGAGCAGGAUCUGGGUGGCAGGAGAAUGCUCAUCCCUUUGGUUUGGGGGUGCAUUGCUGCCUCACCUUGAGCAUGGGGUAGGAAAGCUGGCCCCCCCUUCCCCAACCCCCAGCUCCCACUUUAACUGGGACCAGCCUGGGUGCUGGCUGGGAUCUUGGUACCUGCUCCGUGGCAGGGAUGCGGGGAUGCCUGAAGCUCUGGAUGCUGAGAGGGAGGGAAGGAGGGAAAGAAGGAGGGACGGAGGGAUGGAGGGAGGCGGAUCCUGGCUCCCACUGCGGCAGGAGCCGGCCCCCGCCCGGGCAGCGAUGCUGGACCGAGCUGGGGUCUGGGGUCCACGGCCUGGAGCCCCAGCCUGCCCUCGCCCAGGCCGGGGGCAAGGGAUGCAUGGCUGCCCGCCGCCUCCUCCUCAACACCAUGAAGCAGAUCUGCCUCUGUGCGGCUGCCUCCUUCGCGAGCCAGGACUGGACCAAGAAUGAUGAGAAGCUCCUGCAAGCUGUGGACUACAACGAUGCCGGGAGGGUGACAUCUCUCCUCGUCCGCAAGGGCCUGGUCGCCACCAAAUUGGACUCGGAGGGCAAAUCUGCGUUCCACCUGGCCGCCAUGCGGGGGAACGUGGACUGCCUGGAAGCCAUGCUGGCUCACGGCGUGGAUGCCAUGACCAAGGAUAGCUCGGGUUUCACUGCCCUGCACCUGGCUUCCAAGCAUGGCCACCCGCAGUGCGUCAGCAAGCUGCUGCAGGCCUCCUGUCCUGUGGACGUGGCCGAUGGCAGCGGCCGAACAGCGCUGCACCACGCAGCGGUCAGCGGCUGCAUCUCGUGCUCGGAGAUCCUCUGUGAUUUCAAGGCUCCCUUGAACAUCAAGGACAAGGAUGGCUCCACGCCGCUGAUCCUUGCUGCCAAGAUGAGCCACUCAGAGCUGUGCCGGUACCUGCUGCACCGCGGCGCGGCUGUCAACAGCCAGGACCUGCAGGGGAGGACAGCCUUGAUGCUGGCCUGUGAGAACGGCAGCGUGGAGACGGUGGAGGUGCUGGUCAAUGCCGGUGCCCGGGUGGCCGUGGUGGACUCCAUAGGUCAUGAUGCCGCGCACUACAGCCUGGCCACCGGCAACGCUCUCAUCCAGCACUUCCUGCAAGAGGCUGCUCAGCGCCGGUCCUGGGCCAGCGAGGAGGAAUCAACUGAGCAGACGUCCCAGACGUCUUCGCCCAGCCAGUCAUCUGUCAGGGAGAAGAACAGCACCCCAAGGAAGAGGAAAGCCCCUCUGCCUCCCCUGGGCACCCCCAGCCAGGAGGACCGGGAUGCCUACGAGGAGAUUGUACGGCUGCGGCAGGAGCGGGCCCAGUUCUUGCAGAAGAUCCGGGGCUUGGAGCAGCAGGAGAAGCAGAGACGGGAGCAGGCAGAGCUGGACGAGGGCUCCCUGCGCUCCAUGGAGAAGCAGAUCCGGGAGCUGGAGGAGCGGUUGGCGGCACGGGAUGGUGAGAAAGAGCGGCUGGGCAAGGAGGUGGAGGCUCUGCGGAGCCGCUUGUCCUCACUGGAGAACGAGAAGGAGAACACGAGCUACGACAUCGAGACGCUGCAGGACGAGGAGGGAGACCCGCUUGAGUUCCCAGGGGCAGAGCUGCUGCUCUCCAAGAAGACGCUGAGCCCAUCGGCCGAGGAGCUGCUGGCCACGCUGCAGGGGCAGGUGCAGUCCCUCACCGUGCAGAACAAGGAGCUGAGGGAGAAAAUACAGGUGCUGGAGAACUACGAGCGGGACGAGAGCCACCCGUCCACCCCGGGGGACUUUGUGCCCGCCAGCCUCUACAACGCUCUCCAACGCGAGCUGGAGCGGCUGCGAGCGCAGCGCUCGGAGCUGCCGCGGGGCACAGAUGCGAGGGACGAGGCCAGCGGGCAACUGGAGAGGCAGACCGGAGCCUCGGAGCAAGCCCCGGAGCAAAUCACGGAGGGGAGCACGGCGCAGCGGCUCGCCGAGGAGCCGGCCUGGACCUGGGGCGAGUGCAAGGCGGCGCUGGGCGAGCUGCGGGUGCCACGCACCCAGACCUCCUCCUCCUCCUCCACCGAGCAGGAGGCCAGCGCUGAGCUGGUGGAGGCCCGGGCAGCCCUACGGCAGGCGCAGGCGGCGCUGGAGGAGCGGGAGCAGCGGUUGAAGGAGCUGCAGGCCCGUUUGGAGGCGGGUGCGGAGGCUAUGGAGGCGACGGCCUCCCUGGGGGCCUCCCUGGAGGAGGCGUCGAGGGAGAAGGAAGCCUUGCUGGAGCGCUGCGGCCGGGCGGAGGCAGAGGCGGAGGCCCUGCGGCGGGAGCUGGAGGCCAAGGUGCGGGACUGGCGAGCGGCCAGCGGCCCCGAGCUGGAGCCGGGGGUGCUGGAGCGGCGAGUGGCGGAGCUGGUGCGGCAGCAGGAGGAGGUGACAUCCCAGCUGGGGCAGCUGCGGGAGACGCUGGGUCACAGGGAGGCUGAGCUGGGCACCCUGCGGGAGCAGCUGGCCGCCCGGCCGGUGGGACGGCGGGAGCACGAGGAGACGCUGGCACGGCUGCGGCAGGUGCAGGCGGAGGCGGAGGGCCGGGUGCCACGCGAGGAGCACGCCCGGGCCAUGGCGGCACUGGAGGAGCAGGCGCGGGCGCUGCGGGAGCGGGCGGCUCAGCUGGAGGCAGCGGUGGAGGCCAAGGGGCGUGAGGCCGCCCGGCUGGAGGCCGAGCUGGCGGCAGCGGUGCCACGGGGAGAGCACGAGGCGGCGCAGGAGGGGCUACGGGCUGAGGCGGCCAAGCUGGCCCAGCAGCUGGGUGAGCUGUCACGGCGGCAUGAGAAGACGUGCGAGGAGGUGUUCCGGGUGCAGCGGCAAGCCCUCUUCAUGAAGAGCGAGCGGCAGGCGGCGGAGGAGCGCCUGGCCGCCGCGCAGAAGCAGCUGGCGGAGGCGCAGGACGAGGCGCGACGGCUGCGGGAGCUCCACGGCCACACCGAGGACUCGGCCCGGCUGGUCAGGGACAGGGACAGGAAGAUCACUGAGCUCUCUAAGGAGGUCUUCAGGCUGAAGGAAGCCCUGAAUGUCCUCCCCGAGUCCCGGGGACCGCCACAGUCAUCCCCUGACAGUGCCACGCUCCAGGCCAGGAUCCGUGCGCUGGAGGAGAAGCUGGCGGAGACAGAAACGCGGCACAGCAAGGUGGUGACGCUGUACCGGAGCCACCUGCUCUACGCAGUGCAGGGCCACAUGGACGAGGACGUGCAGAGAAUCCUGUGCCAGAUCCUGAAGAUGCAGCGGCUGCAGGAGCAGGGCAGAUGAGCCCCUGCCAGCACGUCCGUGCCACGGGGGUCGGUCGCACAACUGGUGACACAGCUGGGG